GCGGCAGCGGCGCUGUGUGAAGCGCGAGCAUGGCGGAAGGCGCGGAGAAGGAGGAUGUUCCGGUGUUUGAGAAUAUCGAUGUAAAUACUAAACCUUUCCACCUGCGGAGCUUCAGGAACCUGUGGCUCGAGGCGCUGAAACCCCGCCUCUACUCAUUCUCCAACACCGAGCCCGCGCGCGAGGAGGCGGAGCUUAUGCAGGAGAUGGGCAUCUCACCUGAAACCCUGGAGGAGCUGAAGACCAUCUGCAGUACUGAUGCUCUGCGAAGUCAUCCAGAAGAGGAAGCUCCAGAUCCAGAUGUUGUGCCUCCAGAGCCGAAACUCGCAACUUUAAAACUGAGGAAGAAGAGGCAGGACUAUAAAAAGACUCUGCUAAGAGAGAGCAUCGGGAGACAUGACAUUUACGCUAAUGAAAUGGAGAUGCUGGCUUUGGGCAGAAAGCCUGAAGACCCGACAGAUUUUGUACAGGAGGGCGAAAUGAUUCUGACUUUCAACGUUUUAUAUCCAGUUCUGUUUGAGCGGUUUAAGUACGUGAGAGCGUAUCAGACUCUGCUGGUUCUGGGCUCUCAGAAGCUGUCGGAGUUGAGGGAUGGGAUCUGCUGUGUCAGUGAUCUGCAGGUUUUUGGGGAAUUCAGCAGCACACCUGACAUGGUUCCUCAGUUCAUCAGCAAGGAUCACUAUAAAUCUGCUUUCUUCUUCUUUGAGGGAACUUUCUACAAUGAUAUGAGGUUUCCAGAAUGUCGGGAUAUCAGCACGACGACGCGUGAAUGGGCGAAGAAAAACGAUUUCCCAGAAUUCAAAUCCACAAAGAUGGAGGACACGACAUUCUACGACCUGAGACUAAAGGUGGGCUAUCCGUACCUGUACUGCCACCAAGGAGACUGCGAGCACGUGGUGAUUCUCACGGAUAUAAGGUUGGCUCACAGGGACGACUGUCUGGACGCUAAGCUGUACCCGCUCCUCACCCACAAACACAGGGUGGCGACUCGGAAGUGCUGCGCCUGCCACCUUUACAUCAGCAGAUGGAUAACCACGAAUGACCCUCAUGCUCCGUCAGAACCGUGUCUGUACUGUGACCAGUGCUUCCGGAGUCUGCACUAUGAUGAACAGGGGAACAAACUGGGCGAUUUCAACGCGUUCGCUUACGUCGACCCAGGAGCGUUCAACUGAGCCCGGCUUAAAGGGUUAAAUGUGCUGAUUUACUGCUGUGCAGUACUGCCUGUUCUACAGUAAUAUCCUUAUAUUAAUAUUUUACUGCAUCAGUUCUCCUGUUUCUCUCGGAGUUAAACAUUUAUUUGCAUAUUUGAGAGUUUAUAUUGAGAGAGAGACGAUUCAUAUGUUUUCUGUUCUCUUUGACUUUUUGUUAAGGUUUGUUUUGAGGAGUGUAAAUUAAAGCUGAGUAACUGAA